AUGUCUUUCAAUCUACACCCCGUCAUCAACAACGGCAUUUCCAAAGGCGAUCCAUCCUUCUCGGGCGGCUCCCUCCACUGCCACUGCAAAGCCUCGCCCGUCACAAUCUCACUCACCUCAAACAUUUCCCACAACCACGCCUGCGGCUGCUCCAAAUGCUGGAAACCCUCUGGGGCAAUCUUCUCCAUCGUCGGCGUCGUGCCCCGCGGCUCCCUCAGCGUCACCUCGGGCAACGAAAAACUCUUCGUCGUGGACUCGACCGCGGUGAUCCGACGUCACGCCUGCAAGGAGUGCAAAGUACAUUUGUUCGGAAGGAUUGAGCAGGAACAUGCGUUUUAUGGUUUGGACUUUGUGCAUGUCGAGUUGAGCGAGGAAAAAGGUUGGCAAGAGGUGCAGUUUGCGGCAUUUGUGAGCAGUACUAUUGAGCAAGGGUUGGUUGCUGCCGAGGAGGCGGAUCUAGUCAGGGGUCAGAUUAAGAAGCUUGGGUUGGAGACUUAUGAUGCGUUGAGCCCCGGGUUGAUGGAUGCCAUUGCUGUGUUUACGGCAAAGAAGAACGGGGUGUUGAGGGAGUCUAAGCUGUAA